AAGCCAUCGAGCCAUGCUCCAAACUCAAGUGAUUCUAGUCAGAUCGCAGCCCCGUCACAGCUAGUGCUGGCCUCCCAGCUGGGCAGGUCGCCGCCCUUCACACCUCCUCCAAGCCAGCUCGCUGUCCCUUCACAGCCAUCUCGCCACCCCCACCUCGGCUGCUCGUUGGACGUCGCAGGGCGCCGCGUAGGUCGCCGCUCCCAUCGUGGAGGUUGGCUGGCGAUUGAAGACACCAGAGAGCUGCCUGGGAGGAGGGGCGGCAAGCUGGCUGGGGAGGCGACGCGCUAGCUCGGGUCCGGGUCUGAGGCUGCGAGCGAAUCUGAGUUUAGCUAAUUGUAUGGAGGGACAAACGGUAUUUCCCAUCAUAUGCUGACUGGCUUGGUGAUACACAGUGACACGCCACAUCACCAGAUGAAUGAAAUUGACCCGCGUUGCAUAGUUCAGGAAUCAAGUGUACGUUUUGAUAGUUCAGGGAUGAAAUUGAGGUGCGAGCGAUGAUGGUUGAGAGAGGAUUUUGGCUAUUUUGCCUAAAGAAUCUGAGGCCUGAUAUAGAAUCUGUUGCGUCGCGGGCCUUGUCCACGUGUGCGCCCCCACGAGGCCACGCGUUCGCAAGCUUGAAUCUCCCGCGUCCGUCCUUUCAGCAGCUGCGUCGGAUCCUCUCGCGUUGCAAAUCCCCCAAAUCUCUAGGAAUCUGAUGAAGAAUCCAAAAGAAGGCUUGAAUGGAUCGAUUAGCAAAAGAAGAAAAGCAAUGAAUGUUCAACUCUUCAAUCUUCCAAUGGAUAUUUUAUCACGGAUACUCUCGGAGUUGCCAAUAAAUGAUGCUAUAAGGACAAGUAUAUUGUCAAGGAAGUGGAAAUAUGUUUGGUGCAGCCACAACAACCUUACUUUUAAUUCAGCUACAAUGAGAAAACAUUAUUUCAAGAGCACCACUCAUUAUGGAAAUGGAAUCCUCAGUGAUAACGAAUUUAUUACGAGAGUUGAUAAAGUGCUACAUCAACAUAGUGGUCUAGGUGUGGAGCGUAUGGAAGUUAAGUUUAGGUUGCAUAAUAAGCAUGCAUAUUAUAUUGAUAGAUGGGUUAACUUUGCAAUUGCAUCAAAAACCAAGGAACUUAAUAUUCAUCUGUUUGGUUGGGGUAAGCUAUUGCUGCCUAGAGAUAUCUCUUAUGGUAGAGUUACAGAAGAACCAUAUAAUUUACCUUCACAACUUUUCGACGCCGGUAAUGGUUCAUACUUGCAGCAUCUAGAGCUUACUUCUGUGUCUCUACAGCUACCUGCUGAUUUCAAUGGAUUUCGGAACCUUAAGCACCUUACCUUAGUAGAUAGAAUGAAUUUACCAAGAAGACUUUUCAAAUUUAAUUAUCUUCGGCACUUGAAUUUGGAAUUGGUGAUUGUUGGAGAGGAAGAGAGGGAAAUCGAUGUCCUCGACUAUGCCCAGGUUUUGGAGGUUGCCCCUUUCAUCCAAAAACUGGAGCUGCGAAUGUGGAUGAACUGCCGACACCAACCAUAUCGCAAAGAAGAUGGCGAGCUGAGGAGUCGUCCUCGGCACCAGCACGGCCACCUCAGGCUUGUUCGCAUGAGCGGAUUUUUCGGCCACAAAGAUCAGGUGGAGCUGGCACUCCACAUCCUUGGCAGUUCGGUCAAUCUUGAGAAGAUGGAGAUCACCCCAAGGAUCGAAAGAACUGGCUUAUUAUUUGAGGUAGGGAUGGGAAGUUACCUGAUGGCUUCAUAAGCGGACGGUUAUAGAGUCGCCACUGAAUUCGUUUGCAAGGAAGACCGACGCGGCGUCGUCCAAGUGGUGAAUCCAUGCGACCCCUACCUGAAGGAGGUGGAACACGAGAGACCAUGAAGAAAUUUAUCCAACUCCAGGACGACCUGCAACAGCGUAAGUAUUCACCCGUUUGUCUGAUCAGCUUAGGACCACUUCAGGAGCCAAUCUGCAAAUACUGAUAUGUGGCUAGCUCCUGUUUCUCAUUUGUAAUAAAUCUCUGCUCCAGCGUUGCAUUGGUCGUGUAGGUAGACUAGUUGAGUUGGAAACCAUGCACUUGGACGUUUUUAAUCCAGAUCAAACAACGCACCAUUUUGGCCAGCA